AGUCGGUACCACAGGUACCACACUUGGUGUUCGAAGUGUCACACAAACUUGAGUAGUGUGUCAUAUCAUUAUACACACAAGUAAAUAUUAUAUACACCAGCAGCUCCGAGCGUGUAUCUCCGAGUCGUAAUAACAAACAACAUAACCUGAUUACACCAUUCCUCCCAGGCAGAACCAUUUUAUUUCGUAAAAAAUGACUGAUUCGAAUGAAAUUUUAAUAACAAGUGAUGCCAGUGGUUCGUUGUGGUCAUGUUGCGCUUGGGAUCCGAAAGCGGGUACCAAUUUAAUGACAUACAAAGGUGGUGGAGCGGCAAAUCCGCACGCAUUGUCAUUCAUCAAAAAUGAAUUCAUCAUUACCGGAGACAGUUCUAAGCCGCUACUUCACAUCUGGCCGGUAAACAGUCAAGAGCAGAUUCAAGGAACGCGAUUGGUUACGCCCGGGAAAAUAUCGUCGUUGGCCAUUUCACCGGACGGAAAUUACUGUGUUGCCAGUUCGGCCGAAAUUAUUUACAUUUGGCAAAUAUGUUCGGGUCGACUGUUGGCUGCCCUAUCGUUACACUACCAAAACGUGACUUCAUUGAAAUUCAUCGAUGAUGGAUCGCAUUUCGUUUCGGCGGGCAUUGAUGGAAAGGUUCUGGUUUGGAACCUUGGUUUGUCCAUCACACAAAGCAAUCACCAUCAAGUGGCACCAUUGUACACAUUCUCGGAUCAUGCCCUUCCCGUCACCGACGUACAUAUUGGCAAAGGGGCACUGAGAGCAUAUUUGGUGUCCGUGUCAUUGGAUCGUACAUGUCGCAUCUACGAUCUAUCUUCCGGUACGCAGCUGCUGAAUUUGGUAUUCCAAGAGUCACUGUCAUCCGUCACAAUGGACCAUUUGGACACGAAAGUGUAUUGCGGUUCGACUGAAGGAAAUAUUUUCGAAUUCAAUCUGCAGGCACCUCCGCGAAUGCGAGAGUAUCACUUGAAUGCAGACGAUUCGAAGAAAAAGUUUUCCGGACACAAGGGACACGUAACGUGCCUGUCGAUCUCACUGGACGGCAUAUCGAUGGUUUCGGGCGGUGUUGAUGAAAAUGUCAUACUGUGGCACAUACCCAGUAAACAAGUUAUCCAGACACUGUCGCACAAGGGCAGCAUCACGAAUGCAUUUUUCACAUUAGCACCGAAAUGUAUGUUCGAACCGGAGACGACGUUACACUUGAUUGUGAACAAUUUCAAACGAAUGACCGACAAAAAUGACGAGAAUCAAGUCGUGGAAAUCAUGGUGGAUCAGUACGAUACGACCGGUGACGAUGUGAGUGACCGGGAAUAUGUUUGUCAAAUUCAGCCGCAAGGUGUGUCCGAUGUGUCGGAAACGCUGGCUGAAUUGGAACAGCUUCGCGAAGAAAAUCGAAUUUUGAAGCGGAAAAACAAGCAAUUGUACGAGUAUGGAGUCAAGAAGAUUUUGAAUUUUAAAUAAAUUAAAA